CUCCCGGCCCGAUCCAUCCCGCCCCGCGGCCCUUCCAGCUCCUCCUCCCGGCCCUGGCGCUGCUCCCGCCCAUGAGGCGGCCGGGGCCGCCUUCCCGAGGGCGGCAGAAGAUGGCGGCGGCCGCGGGCUGGGCGCUGCUGGCCCUGGCGCUGUGUGUGAGCGCGGCGGCCGCGACCGGCGGCUCCGAGGGGAAGCGGCGGGAAGGGCCGCCCAAGAAGAAGGACAUUCGGGACUACAACGACGCGGACAUGGCUCGGCUGCUGGAGCAAUGGGAGAAAGAUGAUGACAUUGAAGAGGGAGAUCUCCCUGAACACAAGAGGCCUCCAGCACCAAUAGAUUUCUCAAAAAUAGAUCCAGGCAAGCCUGAAAGCAUCCUGAAGCUGACAAAGAAGGGGAAGACUUUGAUGAUGUUUGUCACAGUGUCAGGAAACCCAACAGAAAAGGAGACAGAAGAGAUCACCAGCUUGUGGCAGGGCAGUCUCUUCAACGCAAACUACGACGUGCAAAGGUUUAUUGUUGGCUCCAAUCGGGCUAUCUUCAUGCUGCGGGAUGGUGGCUAUGCCUGGGAGAUCAAAGACUUCCUGAUAAAUCAGGAAAGGUGUGCAGAUGUUACUUUGGAAGGUCAGGUUUAUCCUGGCAAAGGGGCAGAUGGAAAUGAGAAAGUGAAAAACAAAACAAAACCUGAAAAGGCAAAGAAGAAAAAAGACACAGAGAAGAAAUCCAACGGCGUCAAAGAGGACAACCGCAACCAACCAGAGAGAGGAGCUAUGACAGCCACGGUACCCAGACUGAAUCCUGCUCUGCUGCUCCUUGAAGGGAACCUGCUGAUGAGUCCUGGGUUUUGGGGAGGAAGGAAGCAGAGACUACUGAAGCUUAAAUUUAUGUUGAAAUUCACAAGUUUACUCAUUGCUGUUGGCCAUUUGUUUAGUUACAGGAAAGUUCUAUACAGAGGUACAUGGAAAAUCAUCUAUUUCCAUGACAGCGAAACAUCUGCUGCCUUUCUCCUCCCAGCAUAGUGGCUUCUCUGUUCUAGUGCUAUAACUAACUCUUCUGAGCUACUGUUAAAUUUUUAACCCAGCUGUCCUACUCAGAAAAAACAGUUUGUCAGUGAUGCUACACAGGAUGUGGUUGCACUUUGUGAAAAAUUUCCAAUGGACAAUCAACUUUUUAUGUAAUAAAAUAUUGGAAAAAAUA